GUACGAGGACGACGAGAACUUCCAGUGGCAUCACCGUGUGCUGCUGGUGAAGGGAGAUGCCCAGAAGUGGAUCUGGCUCACGCCGGAUGGGGAGGUGGCCUUCGUCGACCUGGCCACGUUCCGUGUGCUGGCCCUUCGGCGGUCGGGCCCCUUCCCGGCGCGGCAUGCUGGCAACAUCUACGCCUUCGACGAAGUGGCGGCGGAGGACAUGCAGGGCUACCUCGAGGAGGCCAGGGCCCUGGGGACGAUCCUCGGGUUCGACCUCGCCGGCGUCGUGGGCCUCCCCGGGGACAAGUGGUACGUGAGCGACCCCACCUCGUCGCACUUUGGCGAGGAGGUGCCGCCGCAGGUCCUCGCCAACGAGGAGGUCCUGGUGCGGCGUGGGGAUGUUGGGCUCGUACGGCUCGACGACGUCUGGGUCCACGCGAUCAAGGUGAGCGAGGGCCAGAACUUCGACACGUACCUCGCCCGAGCUCGCGGGGGCGCGGGCCGGGACCCGCGCAUCGUGGGCGACGAGAGGGACCAGGAUGGAGGCAGGUACAUCGACUUCCGGGACUCGGUGCGCCGCAUGAAGGAGGCGACGAUACCGGGCUGGCCUCUGCAGGGCCGCCGUGCGACGAGGGAGGCUGUGCUUUCCCUUCGAGACGGUGGUCAGGGCAACUGGGAGGAGCACCACACCACGUGGCUCCGCCGCAGCGGAGUGGCCGAGCGCGGCAACGUCGCCCGGGAGCACCACGUGAUCUGCGUGUCUCUUCGGAUGAUGCAGCAGUUCGAUCAGCUCGACCUGUUCAACAUUGCGGGCGCGGAGUAUCUCGUCAGGCGGCUCAAGCAGCUGGAGUCGGCGACCCGCAAGAACCCUCGGGCCCCCGACUUCGAGGGGCUCGACCUCAUCCUCGACACGGGGGUCGACGACACGGGCGGCAUGGUGCUGCCGGAGUUCGACGGAUGGGUUGGCGACCAGGCGCGUGCCCGCGCCCAGACCAUGAAGGCGAAUCGGCAGUGGCAGGAGGAGAGCGGGUGCUCCAGCGACGCUCACGUGAACACCGUGUUCGUGAGGCAGUACAUUCGAUCAACUGUCUCGCCGCCUGCACGGUGCGCCAUCGUGGCCGCGGGCCAGGUGGCGCUGCCGAUUCAGGAUCUCCACCCUCGCGGAGCCCUUCAGGAGCUCCUCAAGUCCGACUCGCUCUACGGAGGCGCGCCGUCCAAGGUCGUCCCGUACGAGGAGUCCAAGCUCAAGUUCUGGCAGUCCUCGGUCACGCCUCGAGACGUGGAGGAGGUCUGCCCCAAGUUCGUCGUCGACGCCUUCCGCGACCCCGACGCCUACAUCCGCAAGCCGGGCCGCGUGGUGGAGCAGGACCUCGAGCUCCUGCCGCCGAUCAAGCCGUACUGGGACGCGCGGCUUGCCAGCGACGCCAGCCAUCGGCGGGGCUUCCUUCUCAGGCUCGCGGGGCGGGGGCUGGUCGGCUUCCGGAGGCGAAUCAGGACUGGUCCGAUGCUGCGCUCUCGGACGCUGGAUGGGUUAGCGCUGAUGGAGAUCUUCGGGUCGUCCCUCGACCUCCAGGACUCGUUCUACCAGUUCUUCUCGGAGCGCGUCGCGGAGGAUUUCGGGAUGGACUUCCCUGAGCGGGCCUCCUACUACCAGGUCUCCCACAUCUGGACGCCCGACGGCCUGUCCCCUGUCGACCCCGACGAGCUCGUCUUCCCGGUCUUCCGCGGGGUGCCGAUGGGGUGGUCAUGGGCACUCUGGGCCGUGCACUCGUCCGUCACGUCCUGGGUCUCUGACACGCUGCCGGGGGGUGCCCGACGCCUGCUGCUCGACAAGCAGCCGGCUCCCGUCGCGGCACCCUUCCGCCCCACAGGGUCGGUCUACGUGGACAACGUCUCGUUCCUGGGCCUUUCGAGCGACGACGUCGGGCAGGCGCUGCAGGCCGCGAAGGACAAGCUCGACUCGCUCGGCAUCGCGUACCACGAGGUCGAGGGCCCGGCCACGCACUUCACCACCGUCGGCGUCGAGUACGACGGGAGGCGGAGGCGUCUGCGUCAUUCCGAUCACCGAGCCUGGCGCCUCUACUUGGCCUGUCAGGAGCUCGAGCGCCCAGGGGUUCCGCGCGCGGCCUGGCAGAUCCGAGUGUUCCUCGGGCACUGUGUGCAGCACUGCCUGCUGCUGCGGCCGGCCCUCUCGAUCUUCCGCCUGCUCUACCGCUUCGUGGACGCGCAGGGCCAGGGGCCCCCAGUCGCUCUGUCUGCUGGGGCCCGCCGGGAGAUCCAGCUCUUCAGGGGCCUCAUCUUCCAGGCCGUCGUCUUCUUGGACCGGCCGAUGUCCUCCCUGGUUUUGUGCUCCGACUCGUCCGAGGCGGGCUACGCUCUCCACCGCCGACGCGCUGACGUGCGACUCCUUCGGCAGCUGGCUGCUACCCGGGAGAGGUGGAGGUUCGUCCCCGACGAGAAGCGGCCCGACGCGGCGCUCGACGACACCUUCUCCCCGGGCUGGGUGCCGGGCGCUGGAGGAGUGCUGGGGGGGCCGCCGGGCGCUGCAGGCGUGGCCGUCUGGGCCCCCCCGCCGACGCGCUCGAGGGAGGGCGCCCGAGGCGUACUCAAGGGUCGUCUCAGGCCCACUGUGCGACCUGCUGGCGUCUCCGUGCCCGACAGCCUCGUCGAUCCCAGGGACUGGCCUCUCAUCGUGGAGGGCGCCUGGCGCCGCGGGGCCCCCAUUCACCUGCUGGAGGGCCGCAUCGCCCUGGGGGGCCUGCGGCACGCCGCCCGGCAGGUCGACUGCCACGGGUCCCGCGUGCUCAGCCUGGGCGACAACAUGUCGGAGCUCCUCUCCAUCGAGAAGGGGCGGGCCGUGGACCUCGGCCUCGCCUGUCUGUGCCGGAGGGCCGCCGCCUACCAGAUCGCCUGUGGGAUCUCCUGGCGGCGCCGACACCUCGACACGGACCGCAACCUCAGUGACGCGGGGUCGAGGAAGGCGCUGCAGGGCGUCUACCGCCCAGGGCAGCGGCGGGUUGGCGGCAGGUCGGACAGGCCCGCUCUGCCCGCGGGCUGCCCGCCGCCGGCGCCCCCGACGCCGGCCCCGCCGGCGCCCUCGGCGACCGCCAGCUGGCCAGUCGCCGAGGAGGCGACGUUCGACGAGGCCGACGGGGCCCGCGACCUGUCGCCGCCGCUCGGUCUGGCGGUCGCGGCUCCGAUCGACAUCAAGUUCGGGGGUUGGGGCGACCUGCUUCGGCCCAGCAUCGAGACCGUCGUUCGCCAGUGGACCGUCUCUCGCAAGGUCUGGUUCGUGCACUUCGGGACUCCGUGCACUCCGUGGUGGUCCCUCGAGAACCCCCGGGGAUCCCGGCUCUUCUCUUGGGAGCCUCUUCAGAAGUUCCUGUCCGAGCAUAGCAAGGUCUCCGUGGUGUAUGACUGCUGUCAGUUUGGAGCCCCGUACCAGAAGCCCACCAGGAUUGAGUCUGACCUCCCCGAGCUCGGUGUCCUUGAAAGGCGUUGUCUUGGAGGCCAUGCCCACGAGCAUCUUCAGGGGAAGGUCAAGGUCCGUGAUCGCCAGGGUCGGCUCAAGCAGUUCUGGCGCACGACCCUGGCUGGUGCCUACCCUCCUGGAGUCUGCCACAGCGCCGCCCGGGCCUUGGCGCGCGCGGCGCCGGCUGGAGCCUGGCGACCAGAUGGGGAUCCACUGCUGCCCGGUCACUGGGAGGCUCAGCUCCGCCGUGCAGCCAAGAUGGUCGACGUCCAGCCGUCCCUCGAGUGCCCCAGCUGCCCGCGGAAGUGGGUCGCGCUCUGGCCGCCGGUGCCCGCUGACUCCUCGCCGGGCUUCCUGCGGCGUUCGCAGGUGCGGCCGGCCACUCAGGCCCGCUACCUCGCCAGCGUCGCCGUGUUCGCCACGGCCAUGGGCGUCGUCGCCGACCGCUGGGUGAGCAAUGACCACCCCCUGGUGGACACGCUCCUUGAGGAGUACUUCGAGCAGCUCUACGUCGACGGCGGCAGCAAGAGCACGGCCCGCUACACCUUGGCCGCCUUGGCCUACCGUUUCAGCGUGUCGCUUCGUGCCCCAGGCGUCUUCCCGAAGGCGAAGGGCGCCCUCGCCGGCUGGGGCAAGCUCGAGCCGGACGUCACCUCGGAGCCGCUCUGCUGGGCGGCAGCGUGCUUGAUGGCUCUGUACCUGGCCGGCCUCAACACGGAGAUUGCCCUGCAGGCCGCCCGCGGCCUGGUGGUGCAGUUUGACACGUACUUGCGCCCUGGUGAGCUGCUGGACCUCCGCGUGCCCUGCUGCAUCCUGCCGCAGCCGAGUGCCGGCUCAGGGUACAACAAGAUGGGGCUCGUCGUCGGCGCCUCCGCGCUGGUCAUGGGCGACGACGUGCACACGCGCGUCACCAAGACUGGCCUCCAGGACGACACCGUGCUCAUCGAUGGCCAGUCUCGUGCGGGUGUGGCUGGCGCGCUCAUGGCCCUCGUCAAGAGCGCCAACCAAGCCCGCCAAGGGCGCCUCUUGUUCCUCCACUCGUACGCUUCGUACAACCGCUUGCUCAAGAAGGCCGCCGUCGCCGUCGGCCUCCCGACCAAGGUGACAGCCCACCUCCCUCGGCACGGCGGUCCGUCGGAGGACUACCUGAGAGGCGCCCGCUCGCUGGCCGACAUUCAGUCUCGUGGCAGGUGGUCGAGCUUCCGUUCUGUACAGCGCUAUCAAAAGAGCGGCCGUGCUCUUGCAUCCUUCAGACGCCUCUCGGCCGCU